AUGCGUUUCCUCAUCGCGUUUCUUGUGAUUCUCGGCAUGAUUGCCGCGUGCCCGAAUUUCGACAAAUAUCUGAAUUUGUUCUGCAAGUACGGCACCGAGCCGAAGCCGUGCACAAUCGAGAAUUAUUCGGCGUUCAAGACCGCCUGCUGCUCGCUGUCGGGCAAAUGCAGCUUCUCCGAAUUCCCGAAAGAUCAGGUUUGCUGCUUCAAACAGGCGUGCCUUGAUCGCUGUUUCCCCGGAAAACGAUACCAAAUGGGAAGCGUUUAUUAA